AAUUUAAAUCGCGUGUGCUGAUAAUAUAGACGUGUUAGUACGUAGCAGCCGGUGGCUGGAUCGUCGCGUGCGUACUGCUCGUGUACACGUCUCCGCGUAAAAAUAAAGUCCACAGCGCGCGUCUGCGUACUUCAAUCCAUUUAUAAAAUUAUUAGUAAAACGCGGCGCGAGCGCACGACUGUCGUGAACGGGCGCGCUCGGGAAAAAGAAAUUAGAUUCAAUUCAAACAACACGAACCCUUACGCGACCUAGACUGUGACGAUCGACGCGAAAUCCCUAGCGGAGAAUUAUCACGUAAACGAAACAACGACUCCUACACAUAGAUAUACCGGUGACGUGUGAGCUUAUAAUUUUUUACAGUUGAAGUGUUUUUAUUGUUUUGCAGUGUAAUAGUGAUAAUAUUGAUUUCUAUUUUCGAUAAUGCCUGAAAGGUCUAAAAGACGUAAAUAUAAUAAAAAUAAACGAAAAAAUAAUAAAAACAAUCAAAGUAGUAUUAAUAAAAAUAAUAAAGAAGAAAAUGAAACAAUCUCUAUUGAAUCUGGAUCAGGUAUUAAAAAGGAGGAUGUUGAUAAAAAUAAUACUCAAAUACUCAAAGAGUGUUCUGAGAAUCAAUCAAAACCAAGUGAAGUUUUAUCUUUGAAUGUUAAUUCGAAAAUUAGCGUUGAAGCAGAAGUACAAAAAGUAGAUAAAGUUAAAAAAGAAGAAGGACACGAUGACUCUGUUGUAUUACAGGCGUAUAUAGUCGAACCACCGGAACAAGCGACUAAAACAAAACUAAAAUUAAAUAAUGGUAAGAAAAGCAAAAGUUGUGAUAACGAUGAUUGUCCCACGAUAGUUGAAAUUACUGAAGAUGGGAAUACUCAAAGUGAUCAAAAAAUCUGUGCACCUGUCAUUGAUAGUAGUAAUGUGAUAAUUUCAAAUGAGGAAUCAGACAUUGAAUGGGAAAAUGUAGAUGAUUUUAAAUUACCUGAAACUGAAUUAAUUGAAGGUGUACUAUCAAGUACUACGAUACCUCUGAAUAUUGCACAGUGUGAACAUACUAAAACGCUUAGUCCAGAAGAAGAAUCAUCCCUACGUAAUUACUUACAAACAUUGAAUUUAGCAACAAAUAGCACUAAUUCUAAUACAGGAGAUAUAAAAACCGAAAUAGAGCACAUUAUUAAUCGUGAAAUAAAAUACAGACUCCGAAGAAAAGGACUCGCAGAAGAUAAUAUAUAUCCUCGGACUGGACCAUCGAGGUCUUUAGCUGUGAUCGAUGAAGAAGGCAGUAGUGGGUCAUCUAAAACAUCACGGCGUCAAUCUUACUUAAGUGAUAAAAAAAGUGAUAAUGAAGAGUUAGAAGAUGAAGUAUUUGAAAAUAAACAAGCCCAAAGAUUAACAAAUGUGUAUACAGAUUCUUCUCACUAUUUAAUACCUCAACAGUGUUUACGUGUUGAUGCAAAACUUAAGGAACCUGAAAUAUCCGAAGCGCGAGGAGAUUGGACAGUGCAGACUGUUGAAAAAAUGACAGGAGCUGAAUUAGUGUAUUUGACUGAUUCUUCUAGUAGUACUAGUUCUAUAUGUGACGCGAAUGAUGAUUUCAAUAAAGGUGAAGAAAGUGAUACAUCUGUACGUAUAAUAACUCCGACUAUUGAAGUUACUGACACUGAAACACUACUUUCAAGUUCAUUUUUAGCAAAAAGUAAUAACAAAGUUGUAGAAAAACGUCAAGAAAAAAGUUUAAAUGAAACUGGAAGUGUAAAUAAACAAGUAUUGAAUCACAGUUCUUCUAAUAUUGACGUACAUGACAAUUCUGAAGCCAGAUUACAUUUAAAUGAUAGUUCUCAUGAAAUAGUUGUUUUGAGUACAGAUAAUCUAGAAACUAAUCUAUAUGUCAAAGAAUUAAACGAACAGGAAAACAAAGUUUCUCCGGAAAAAUAUCAUGAAGCAAAUAAAAUUGAUGAAAAUGUCAAAUUAGUUACAAAAUCUCCAAAAGAUAUUGAUGAAUAUGAUCUUGAAAUUAAAGUUCUGAAAUGUGAACUCAACGAUGCUAUAAAUAACUUGAUCAAUGAAGUUAUUUCUGAUUCUGAAAAUAGUAAUGAAAAUUUAAAUGAUACAUUGAAGCGUCAUGAUUCUUCCAGUAGUUUAGACUCUUCCCAGUGUACAGCAAAAUAUAACCCUACCAAUUCUUCUCUUAAUGACAUAUCUAAUUUAAUACGAGAUGGGGAAUGUAAUAAUACAAAUAAAGAAAAUACGGAACUAGGUCCUUCAUUUAGUCAUGUAAAAGAUGUAAUUCAAUGUAUUAACAACAAAUCCACAUUAAAUGACAAAAACAUAUGCAAGAAAAAUGUGCAACCUUUAACAUUAAGAGACACGUGUCUGAAAAAAAUAAGUUCUUUUCCUUUCGGGGAUAAGAUAUUGGAAGAAUUAGCUAACGUAUCUCGACGUUUACAAAAUACUGUACUUGUUUCACAAUCUGAAAACGUUAUUCCCAACAUAACUUCAUCUCGAAAAGAAAAUAGUCAAAUCCCUCCUCCGAUACAACCUCGAAAGUCGUCUUUAAAAAUAUCACAAGAUGAAAUUAAACCUAUUAUACCACAAAGGACGGAACCUGUGUAUGAGUGUUUAUCGCCAUCCCAAAAAGUGAUAAUGGACAAAACGAAUACUUUUAUAGGUCAAGAUGACGUAGUUAAAACAGCUGAAAUAUGUGGAAAUAGGACUGACAUAAAUACAAAAAACGUUCAAGAUAUGUCAGUCAUAGGUGAUUCCUUAGAAAAAACACAUAUGAAAUCCAAAACUGGAAGUAGAUUGUUAGCUUUGCUUCGUGAUACUUCUAAUGCACCAAAAUUAAACUUACCAUCUGUAUCUAGCACUAAAUCUCAAUCACCAAAAGUGAAAUUCAAUAUGGAAUCAUAUUCAAAAAAAUUUAUCGAUGAAAUCGAUUCGGCGAAUAUUCCUUCAGACAGAUAUUUACCACGCAAGUUUGAAAAUACGUCUUCUUAUUUUUAUGAAAGUGAUUCUGGUAUCAGAGAAAACUCAUUUCGAAGUUUGCGUCAAAAUAAAAAAUAUUUUCACUAUUCAACAGGAAAUUUAAGUAAAGAAAUUGAAAGCGAUAUUUCCUCUAUUCAAAAUAUGCACAGGUAUUGCACAAAUUUAAGGGAUAAAAAUAGAGAAGACGUAACUCCCAGAAGGCCAUCUCUGCCUAAAGACUUGUGCGAUCAACAAAUGGAAUAUAUUUGUCAAAAAGAAAAAGAGAUAGAUGCUGAAUUACGUCGAUUAGAAGUAGAAAAAACUAAACCUUUUUGUCGUAGAGGACCUAGAGCUCCAAUGUUCUCAGAAAAAGAAAUAUUCGAUUCCAAAAAUAAGAACUAUAUCCAAAAGCCUAUAAAACAUCAAAAUCCUACGCAUUCAGAGAGACGAAACUCAUCUUCAUUGUUCAGUAGUAGUGAAGAAGAAUUACUAAGAGAAAAAAUGUAUUCUGAAUAUAUAAAUCAAAUAGCCGAAAGAGAGCAAAGGAAACAACAUAAAGUUAUCAAAAUUACUCAAACUCCAAAAAAUAUAAUUCCAAUAUCAAAAAGUAUGCCAGCUCUGGAAACACUAAAUUUACGAAAUAAUCUUAUAGAACAAGAGUUCAUAUCAAAAGCCAAAGAUAGAUGGCAUAAAUUAGGUAUUAAAGAUCCCGAAACAGAAGAUGAACAAGAAAAGGAGAAAGAUGUGUAUAGGGAACCAAAAAUAAUAGAACAUAAAAUUAAAGUGAUUGAAUCAGGCGAAGAAAAAGAUGUUCAAAAAUUGCCGUCUCAUAUGCAAGAGUUUGUGAGAUUUACUGUGAAUGACAAAGACAACGAAAAGUGUAAUACUGAGACCGUGAUGAUUGCGCCGACAUUCAAAGCGCGUUCGUCCUCGCCAGCGAUUUGGCGGCCCGGGGCACCAGCGGAGGGCGAAGCACCAAGUGCAGAGAGCCCGAGCGCGCCACCGCCUCCGCCGCCGCCCGUAUGGUCCCCCACUAGCACCACCCCAUCACCACAGACACCGAAGAAGACCUUCCGUCCCGUCCAUUUUGAGGAAACUCCACCACCGAGACGAAAAUUUGGCAGUUCAGAUCAGAACGGGUGCACCAGCGGUUCGGAGAGCGAAGGGCGUCUUCGAACAUCUUUAAGCGCACCGGCAACAGGACUCAAUACCUUAGGAUCUUCUUCUAGUAGUCGCUUGCCAAGAGCCCAAAACCCCACCGUGACACUAUUGCAGAAAGCUAGAGAGGGUCAAACCUCUCGUGGACCGAGCAAUUACUCACAGGAGAGAGAUCCCCGCCAUCACCUUCCACGUGACCGGCCAUCGCCUCCUAAAGGUGACCCAGUGCAUGCAUUGCGGAAAGAAUACGCUAGCGAAGGUGAAGGCGACCGCAGUGACUACGAGCGGAGUCAGAAAAUGACUGACGCUAAAAAGAAAAUUGAAGGAAUUGGACCCACUACCAAAGACGGAAUGCCUGUAGCACUCAGAUCUGAAGUAAAGGACCCCUCGAGGUGGUACAAAAAAAUGUAUGACACGAUACAUAAAAACAAAUAUGACGAGGAUUAUGUGACUAUACGAUACAAAAAUCAGCGAGGUGAAAUACAAAGACCAAGUAGCAAUAGAUCGCAGUAUGCAUACUUCGAUCCUCGCUCAGGAUACCUCAGUGAACCCGAAGGCGGUCUCAGUAGACUAGCGUCGAGCACAUGGAGCGACGCGUACGACAGUGACGUAACUUCCGGCCCCAGACGCCGAACGGCUUCCGUUCAAGAAGACAGGAGAUACGAUAACAUGUCGUCAUCCUAUGCAGCAAAUAAUAAAUACAGCACAUUAGCUUCAGCAAGAGCCCGGCAGGAAGUGUACAAAAAUCAACCGGGAAGAAUAGAAAACUACGUGCCAGGAAAAUCUUCCGUCAUCGAUAAGGAGGCCAAACAGUGGUGGGACGAGGUCAUGGACAUUUUUGACGGGUGGUUAGACGAGAAUUCUCCUCUGCCUCCUUACUCCACAUUACUCGCUCGUGCUAUCCAGAAGAGUCAAAAUGAAUCAAGUACGCCAUCGCAAACUCAAGCAUCGCCAAAGGAAAAAAAAGAUCUAACGUCUGCUAUACUGUCAAAGUCUAAUAUGGCAAGAGCUUUAAAGGAAUCGGGGUAUGAAUCCGACUCUACAUUAAUAUUUCGACGUAGAGAAGACACAGAGGCGCCACUGUCACCCGCGGAAAGACGCGCUGCUUAUAGAGAUUUACAAGCAGGCGGGGAACCACCGCUAAGAGGUUUCCGAUCUCCAGCUCCACCAAGACAAGAUGAAUCAGAAAUCGAAUAUAUUCCAAUAUCAUCUACCUUGACUAAAAUACGAGUACAUAAAAAGUCACCACAACUGCAUGAAAUUUUAUGUUAUCCUGUCACUGGUAUAGAAAAUAAACAUGAAAAGGAUACACUAUACUCGAAAUCAUUCAGUGAUAUGAAUGAAUAUCCCCCAAUACCACCGCAAAGAUUGUCCUCUAAAAAUAGCAGAACGCUUAAAUUGGUGACGUCUUCAAAGCCUACUUCAACUUCAUCGGAACAGAAAAAUUGUACUCAGUCAAACGUUGAAUUUCUAAAGGCAAAAUUAUGUAACAAAUUAAUGAGACAAGAUACGCAUACAAUUAUAAGAAAAAAUCCACGCCCUUAUACUAAUCGAAUUUCAUCUAGCUCCGCACCACCUUCUUUAAAUAGAAUGAAAAAUUCAGUUUUUUCAGAAAAAUCUAAGCAAAAGCAUAACACUUCUAAACAGAUCGGAACAAGCAGUUUUAGUUCACCUCGAAGAACAAUGUUACCAAUCAACUAUUCUUCUUCUGGAUCUAAAUAUUCACAUUCUUCUUCAUCAGUUGCUAUCGAAGGUGGUGUAGGCAGAAAAACUCCAAUUACCAAUAUAUUAGAUAAGGUUACCACUCUAGAUAAACUAUGGAGUUCUCAGAAAAGAAACGAACGUAUUGAUACAACUAAAAUUAAACCUAAGAAGAUGUUAAGAAGUGUAAUAAUUCCAAGAAACACUUCUUUAAAAGUUGUAAAACCAUGUAAUAACAAACAAACAACAACAUCUGUAACUCACAAAAGUAGGGAUAUGGUACGCACUUCUGAAAAAGUAAAAAAAAUGAAAAUUUCAAACAUUCAAGCUAAAUCUACUCAAUGUUUAACAAAAGAUUCCAAUUCUUUAAAAACAAAUUCCUUACAAACAAUGCCGACACAUAUGUUGCCACCACCGAAAAAAAAUUCUAUAAAAACAGCUAUUGUCACUAAUUUGAAGAAAAAGAAACCAUUAGAUAGUAUCUUGAUAAGACCUCGUAGUACGCCAUGUCUUCAACAAAAUAGUAAAAAAGUAAAAAAAGAAAAUAAAAACACUAUUAUUAAAUUUUCGAAUGCUAAAAAUAUUCAGAAGCAAACUGAAAAUGACUUGCUUGUAAAUAAACAAUCAGAUAGCUGCCAAUUCGGUGAAAAUUUGGACGAUAUGUUAAACUCUGGAUCUACAGAACAUAUUGAGAUUCAUAAUAAGAUAAUAAAACAAGCUCGAAACGCUGUCGUCACGGAUUCAUUUUUUCAACAUCUUUUUUUAAGAAACUCUUGUAAGCCCUCCAAUAUUUCUUUGGAACAAAAGGCACUAAAUACAGUAAUGCAAAAAGCGAAAUUAUUCCAAUCAUUACCUGAAACAUACCUAGGACCCACAAAUUCAGUGAAUACGUAUUUAAUUCAUCGUAAGCCAGUUUCGCUGUCCCGUUUUAAGAUAUGGGAUAGACAAUUAAGUCCGACUAAUAUCCAGUGUUCACGAUCCAUUUCAUGGCCAGGUAAAAUGGAUGGUAAAAUUCGCAAAUUUGACAGUUUAACUGAAAACUGUGAAUGUGAAUUUGGAUCAUCGUCAUCUUUAGCAACUUCUAGAAGCAAAAGUGAACCUCCCAUUAACAAAAUAUAUUUUUCACAAACAUCUAGACCCAUAUCACCAACAAUAAUUUUUCAUCGAAAACAAUCCACUCCAGUCCGAAAGUCACUAUCACCAACAAAAAUGGUUUUUUUACAAUCUAACGCAAUAUCACAAAAAAUGUAUGAUAAACAAGUCAGUUCUAGCAAAUCAACAUCACCAACUCAUGUGAUAUUCUCGAAAUCAACGUCGCCAACGAGACUAAGCGAUUCAGGUCAUUCACACAAUAUUACCCAAAAAGAUUACAUGGAUAGAAAAGACACAGUAGAACCGCCUAAAAUUUUGAUUAAAACUGACAGCAGAAGCCAAUCGCCAGUAUCAAUAAGAUCACCUUCAUGUCGCCGCAUACAUAAUGCACGAGUUCAAACCAAACUCGAAACGAUGAGAAAGGAAUUUCGAACGCGCAGUGCUGAUAAUAAACAAACAGAAGAAAAGAAAAAUGAGAUUUGUGUUAGAACUAAAAGUGAUUCCAAUUUAUAUUCAGACGAUCCAGAUUACGAUGAAUAUAUUCGUGAUAUCCAAAAUAUAAAAGGUAGGUCGGAAAGAUUUCGUGAACUUAAUCGGUAUUACGCCUAUUUGGAAAGAGUUGCUGAACUAGAAAAAGCAACAUCAUCCCGAAAUUUAUUUUGCCGAAAAAAAGAUGAAGAAAUCAUAGAUUUCGACCGAUGGAAGAGAAUUCGUAUUAUAGAAAGAGCUGAAGAGGAACUUAAUAAUCUUUAUACAAAACUUAAAAAGGCACAAAAUGAAGACGAUAUUCUUUUUUAUCCGAGAGAUGUGAACGAUUUUAGGUGGAAUUUUCAUAGAGAAAGAGGAUUACGAGUCAAAGAAAAGUCUGUUGAGGAUUUAAAAGAAGAACUGCAACAAAAAAACUGUAAUGAUGCUGUGGAUUUAGACCAUUCACAAGGUAAAGAUACUUAUAAACCUUUUUGGAGAGGAACGAGUGUCGCUGAAACAGCUUUUAAUAUUAAUAACAAAAACAAAGGAGACAAAAGAACUUGUGAUAAAAAACUCAACAAAAGUAAUCUGUACUUCGAUUCGAUGACAGAUUUAAGAAAAAAAAUCGGUCUUGGUAAUCGUUUAUGGAGUAGUUUAUCUAUGGAACAAGUAAACGCGCUAAAAAAUCAGCUAAAUGCUAUUUACAGCAAAGAAUUAGAUUCAAAAUCUAACAAAGAACAUGAAAAAUAUACAAUUGAGGUCAAUAAAGAAAUAACGAAACCUCCUUCUCUUCAUGUGAGGUGCAGUUCUUUAACUGCACCUAAAACAAAUACCCCUGAUAAUACAUUAAACAAAUCAAAGUCUAUUGCUGCUAUUACUUACCCAGUAAAUUUUGAAAAAGAAUUGAAAAACAAUGUUAAUAAAAUGCAAAUGACACUUUCUGAAAAUGAAAAAAAGAAAAUAUCGCAAUCUCUCAGUAAGGAAGUCUUGGACAGAAUCAAUAAAUUUGAUAAUUUUUCAUUAAAAGAAGAUGCUAAUUGUAAACUGAUUUUAGAUUGUGAUAAAAAAAGUCAAGAAACAAAUGCUGCAAUAAACUUUAAAACAAAAAAUGAAAGCGAUUCAAUAAAUAAUUCUGAAAGCAAACAGAAGCCUUCGAAGCUUACGUUACAAAAAAUAGAAAUAUCAAACAUUUCAUCUGCUAGUGAAACUGAAACGGGUAGUUCAGAUGUAUCUGGACAGACAGUUAUUUAUAAAGGUCCUAAAAAAGAAGUACAAAAAAAAGUAGAAUAUUUUGAAUCUGUGAAGGAAGACAAGAAACAACCUCAGGUUAUUUAUCACGCAAGAGAUAGUUCUGAUGAAAAAAAAGAAUCAAAAGUAGUAAAUAGUAUAAUUGAAAAUAAAGAAACUAAGUUUGAAAGUAACCAAAAAUUUCAAUCACAAUCGUGUGCAAAUAUUAAGGAGCUAUUUGGAGAAAGCGAAAAGCAUAAAUUUAUAUCGCUACCUGCAAAGACUGACCUAUAUUCAAGAUCAACAUCGCCUCAAUCGGAAGUGUAUGUGAGCGAUCGACGAACGCUUGACACGCUACGUUUUUCCAGUGACGAGACGAUCUGCCGUAGUCGAAGUCCGUCCCCCGAUCCGGAGCGUUAUUGGCGUGCCUACCUUAAACUGGCUCGUGAGGGGGAAGUGCGCCGCCUAGCACGACAAUUUGAUUCGCCCUCGGCAGCUGGUGCAGUAUUGCGACGAUACCGUAGCGAUCCCGAAAUUAUACGAAACGAUAUAAAAAAUAAAUGGCCCUCUGAAAGGGCCACCAGACAAGAAAAAUGUAGAGUUUCAUUGCCAGUGGCCCGAAUGCCACUUCGUCCAAGUAAUCGAUAUAUGCCACAUAUCGAUAUUAUAUCAAAAUUAGCAAAUCUUCACAGACGUCAUACAACGAGGUCUCAUUCUGCAGAAGAAGCAUUGGAAUGUAGACCUGGAGAAGUAGAACGCAUUCGCCGUCGGUUUGAAGCAAUGUCACUUCUUGGACAAAUUUAUACAUCUGCACCUGAUGUAAGCGAACUUCACAAUAUAGCAUCUUAUUUAACGGGACCAUGGAUUGCUCAUCGAUAUCCAAAACCGGAAGACAACAACAAAUCUGUAAUAGACUCGAAAACGGUAGUGCGAGGUCGCACUACACCUUUAAAAAUGGCAAAAAAUCAGUCAAUAAAAAACAAUACUGUAAAAUUAAAUUCAAUACUUAAAAAUGAAUCGUUAGCAAAAAGAGCCUUCGACCCAUCAGCUCACCGUCCGGCAAGUCGCUAUGAACCUCCUCGUACGCCUCCCCGGCCUCCGCCUGCCGCGUGGCCCUAUCGUCUAGCGCCCUAUGUCACGCCAUCACGACACACAGUUACAUUUCAAGAGACCGACUCAGCUCCUGAGCCACCGCGUCGAGCGUCAUAUGGCAGUUAUUCAGACUCAGAAUCUCCAAGCCGCCGAUACGUGGAGAGCGACGUGAACAUCCAUUACCGCUGCCCGGUACGACACGACCCCUUACCUCUGGUCCCAGAGAGGGAACUCGCCAGGCAGCAGGCGGAGCAUAUGAAACGACUCUACAGAGAGCAGAAGAGGAACAAAUAUCUGCAGGAACUACAGGAUAUGCAAAACAGACGUCACCAAGAUAAUUUCAUACCAUCACAAAAAACGAUAGUCCCACUUAAUCGAUACGACGAAGCAGAAAAAAUUAUAGCAAAAGCUUUAUAUACUUUUAAUGGACAAACAACAAGGGAAUUAAGCUUUAGAAAAGGGGAUAUCAUAAAUGUACGAAAACAAAUAGAUUCUAAUUGGUACGAGGGUGAAGUACAUGGAAGGAUAGGACUGUUUCCUUACAACUAUGUUGAGUUAAUAAAAGAUGGUGGGCAGACUCUUAAAAAGCCAGCAGUCGUCGAAGGUAGAGCUAGAGCGAAGUUUGACUUCAUUGCACAAACUAAUCUUGAACUACCGUUGAAGAAAGGCGAAGUAGUCGUAUUAACAAGGCGUAUAGAUCAUAACUGGUGGGAAGGAAGAAAUGGAAAUAAAAUGGGCAUAUUCCCAGACAGCUAUGUUACCAUCUUACAAGAGCCUAGUCAAAGUAAACCUGAACCGCAACCGAUCCUCAAUUCAUCAAAGCCAGUGGCAGCGCCAGCUGCGCGAGCGCUGCUUAACGGCGACAAGCGUAGUCUCGGCGCUCACCGCUACACACCACAACUCAACAGCCCCGCGCUUGCCAACGCACCGCCCGCUGAUCAGCCACUACCAGGCUAUGUAAUGAAAUCAUCGAACUCGCUGUCCGCAUCGGCGCGUGGCUACGGGCCGCCGACGGGCGCCGGAGUCGACCUCAACAACACCGAGCCACUUUACGUCGAUACCAACGCGGAGGCUAUCCCAUACCGCGCAAUGUACAAAUAUAGACCGCAAAACCCCGAUGAGCUGGAACUAAACGAAGGAGACACGGUGUACGUGUUAGAGAAAUGUGACGACGGCUGGUACGUCGGCUCCAGCCAAAGGACCGGACGAUUUGGCACUUUCCCCGGUAACUACGUCGAACGCAUCUGAUAGCGCCACACGUCGCUGCUGCGGCGCCUGCGCAGCGCGGCGCUGUGCGCGCGACGCUCGCAGUAGGCGAAUGUCGCAACGAUCCACCUCAGUCUGUCUCUCUCUAACUUAUAGGUCAAACCGCUCGUGUGAGAGAGACGGAUGAUACAUUUAAGUAACUUUACGGUUGGCUCUUUCGACAAAUAUCAGAAAAGAGUGUGAUUAUUAAUCAGAUUUUGUAUUGCUUUGUAAUUUUACACGAACGCCACAACAGGUUUAAUAAUCAUUUCUAUUUUAUCUCCAUAUAAUCGAAUAAAUUUCUCGGUACGGUGUCUGUUAGAUAUAUCUUAAACAGAAAAUACAGUAGAAAUAAAACAAUGUCUUGAAAUUUUUAUUGUGUACUAAUAAUUUAUAGAUAAUACAUUAUCUAAAUAUUACCAAAAUGUAAACCAUGACUUUUAUAUCCUUUUAUAAAUAAAUCGUGUUAUAUAUUUCACAUUUACGGAAGCUAUCGAUGUGCUCUCUCUAAAAGAAACAUACAAGGAGGUAUGUAUAGCUAUUUGUAUGUUUCUUUUAAUGUUUUAAGUUUGACAUGAACCAUAAUGUAACACAUUUUACAGUUUGUUAAAUGUAAAUUUUGAUAUGCUUUAUUUUAUUUUUUUUAAUUUGAUGAAAAAAUGUAUGUACCUCAAACAAGAUCACCCCAAAGUUAUUAGCGCGCCCAAAGAAUACGUGUAUUGAAUAUUUAUGGUGUUGUAUAAUUGUAUAAUAAAAAUAUAUACCUGUAAAGUCGUUCACUAGUUAUAGUUAUUUAUUUGUGUAGGAGUUGGGGUUUGAAGCUCAUCUUUUAAAAGUGAAGUUUUUAAAAGAAUGCAGCCUUGCAUGAUUAUACUAAUUCAUGACUAACUUUAUUUUCCAAUGAUAACUCGCAUGUAACACAAAAAUAUACCAUAUCUGUAAUCUAAUUUUCCAAAAAAUGUACCAUACAGUUUUUGAAUAAAUGAAAUGACAAAAGUCAAACUUUGAAUACAUAAAGCGCGUCUUCCACCAAUUUUCUAACUUAGCAAAGUUUGGGCAUUUUGUGAGUAUCGAUAAAAUUGGAUUCAUAAAUAAACUAAUAUAUUUAUCGCUAACAUAAACAUUAGUUCAUUAGCCACCGUGUUUUUUUACUAGUUACCGCAUUAACAUAGGUAGCUCUAAUAAAAUAUGUACAAGUAUAUAAAUACUCAUAACUACGCAAUGUUCGGUGUAUAUAGGGCGAGUAAUAUAAUAGACAACGUUGACAAUACUAUUUUAUAUGUUUGAUUUAAAUUAGAUGUAUCGUAUCGUAUAUAAUGAAAAUUAGGUAUGAACUACUCAGAGAAACUAUGAUAUGAAAAUCUUGGCUUGGCUCUUGAAUGUCUAGUCACUGUAAACUGAACAUUAGCAAAAUCCCUCUUUCUAUCUUCUGUAAGAAUUUAUUCCUAUCCUCUAUGUAAUUGACAAUUUAUUACACUUAAAUGUAUUUAAACCCUUAUUUUUUUACCCAGGUAAUGUUACUCUCGCCCUAUGUAAUUGCUUAUUUUAUGUAAUAAAGAUUAAUUAUUUUUAACCUAUUGUUGUAGUUUUGUUAAUUUAUUUUUAGAAGCACAAAAGUUUAUUUGUUGUUGACACCUCGACAUGCAAUGUAACAUUUACUGCUAUUGUUCAAUGUCAUCACAUCUAAUAAUAAAAAAAUUCUAUUA